AGUGCGAUGCGAUUAUUGUUGAAUUGAAAAAGAAACAAACAAUUAGCAAAAGAGGGGUUUAGGGUUUUGAGAACUCAGCAUUAGCAAUGGAGGGAUUGCAGAAUUGGGUCCGCUCUUUCUCAAAUGACACAAAAUCAGGAUCUCCUUCAUUCUUUCCCGAAGUUCCUCACAAUCUUCGAAGUGGAGGAGGAGGACCAGCUGGAGUUUCUGCAGCUGAUAGCUCUCGUGUUUUAACCACCAGGCCUCCCAGGCAAGUAGUCUCGCUAUGGACCUGUUCAAAACUUUGUGCAAUUUGCUUUGUUGCUGGAAUUGUUGUCGGUUACACUCUCAAGCGACGCGUCCGGCGCUGGGCGUCCAGGCUUCUCAAGCGAUUAAAAGAUGAUUAGUAACAGUAACUCCUUAAAUCUUCAAAUGAAAUGGUACUUGCAAUGGGUUUUUUUUUUUUCAUAGAUUUAAAAAAAAAUGCACCAAUAUCUGAACUUUAUUGAUCCUUAAUGAUCAUUGCUUUUAGUACAAAAUGUAAGAAAUUUUACAAAAUUUGUAGUGGAUAAAGUUUAUAUUUCAAUGCUAUAUAUUUUUCAUUUUCA